AUGGAUAAGUUAAAAGAAUUUGUAGGUCAUGAGUUAUUUGAGAUUUAUUACAAAUUAGCAAUUGAAGUUGAUAAUGCAACUGGAGAAAAAGAGACUGCAUUAAAGUAUCUCAAUCUAUGCCAAAAUUAGUAUGUGAAAAUAAAGGGAAUUGAAGAUGAUAUGGUUAAAAUGAAGAUUACUGAAAUUAAAAAGUAAUAGAGAUAAAGAGAUAAAAAGUAAGCUUUAAAUAAAGCUUUAGAUAAAGAAAGUAAAGGAGAUAUCUUGAGAGAAAAAGCUUCGUAUAAGAAGGCUUUAAAUAAUUAUAAGAAAGCUAUUAAAUACAGUAGAGAUGUUGAUGUGGAAACUGAGGCAAAUUGUUAAUUCAAAGUAGGUAAAUUAUAUUAUGAUGCUUUCAGAGACUAUUAGUAGGCUAUUAAUCAUCUUGUAGAUUUUUAGUUGCUUACCUUUCUAUUAAAGUUUAGAACUGAUUAGAUCUCUAAGAGAUUCUAAGAAUCUAAGAAAAUUAUAUCUGGAAUAAAGAAAAUGUUUUAAAGUCAAACUUAAAAACUUAAACCCCCAUCUUACCCGAAGUUAAUGAGUAAAGAAUAGGAGAUUGAGAAAUUGAAAAGAAUCAUCUAGGAGUUGAAUGAACUAGUUGCUAAAUUAGAAAUAAGUAAAUUUAUCGAAUUUUUGUUGAAUUAAUACCCUCCUAAGUGCAUGAACGAUUAAAAUUAGGAGGAAAUUAGAAGUAUGAAAAAUCUAUGUUUCGACGACAAAAGAACCAGGAAAAGCUUACUCAGGGUGAUAACAUACUAUCAUCCUGAUAAAUAGCCAUUAGAAGAUGAGUUAAACUUAAAAAUUAGCACUGAAAUUACAAAAGUCUUGAAUGAUAUAUUAAGGAAAUAUAAUUGA